AUGGUGGCUCUUCAAGAAGCAUGCUACGGUGUAGCAUUUGCAUCAGUGACUACAAAUGAUGAAAACAAAUUCAGGGACUGUAUUCAAUUUUACCACUCUCUAGGUUUCGCUACCGUCAAGGAUUUUAAUAAAUUCAAACAUGGUGAAAAUUUGAUUCUAUCUUCUGGUACUUCUCAAGAUUCUUUGAAGGAAGCAUGGUUGGAAGCAUUCAAAUUGAGUGAAAUGGAUGAAAGUGGAUUUCGUAUCCCACAACAAGAGGCUAAGAACAAGCACCAAAGUGGUGGUGCUUUGAUUAAGAUUCGUCUUGUCAUGCAUGAACCAAUUAAAGAUACAAAUAAGGACGCUUGUAUAGUGACUUAUUUCACCACUGAGUUGGGCAAGGUGAUUGAAAGAUUUCCAAAUGCUGAAAAAGUUUCCGAUGAUUUGGUCCUUAUCAAGGACCCAUUGGGCAACAAGAUUGGUUUCUCUCCAUUGGCUUCUCCAUUGGACGAGGAACCAACUGCUAGGGACUUCUUCCUAGAUGAUAGCGCAACAGAAGCAGGUUCCACAGUUCAGAGUGCCAAUGCAGAGAUCUUGAGACAAACUUUGAGCGGUCAGAAGAAGAAGAAGAUUGCUGUUAUGACUUCUGGUGGUGAUUCUCCAGGUAUGAACGCUGCUGUGCGUGCUGUGGUUCGUACUGGUAUUCACUUUGGUUGUGAUGUGUUCGCUGUUUACGAAGGUUACGAAGGUCUGUUGAAAGGUGGUAACUAUUUGAGAAAGAUGGAAUGGGAAGAUGUCAGAGGUUGGUUGAGUGAAGGUGGUACUUUGAUCGGUACUGCUCGUUGUAUGGAGUUCAAAGAACGUUGGGGUCGUAAACAGGCUGCUGGUAACUUGAUCUCUCAAGGUAUUGAUGCUUUGAUCGUUUGUGGUGGUGAUGGUUCACUAACAGGUGCUGAUUUGUUCAGACACGAAUGGCCAUCCUUGGUUGAAGAAUUGGUGAAGGAUGGUAAGUUCACUAAAGAACAAGUUGAACCAUACAAAAACUUGACCAUGGUCGGUCUUGUUGGUUCUAUCGAUAACGAUAUGGCAGGUACUGAUUCUACCAUUGGUGCUUACUCUGCUUUGGAGAGAAUUUGUGAAAUGGUUGAUUACAUUGAUGAAACUGCCAAAUCUCACUCUCGUGCUUUCGUUGUUGAAGUUAUGGGUAGACACUGUGGUUGGUUAGCUUUGAUGGCCGGUAUUGCUACUGGUGCUGACUACAUCUUUAUCCCAGAGAGAGCUGUUCCUCACGGUAAAUGGCAAGAUGAGUUGAAGGAAGUUUGUCAAAGACACAGAAACAAGGGUAGAAGAAACAACACUGUGAUUGUUGCUGAAGGUGCUUUGGAUGAUCUAUUGAACCCUGUCACUACUGAGGAUGUCAAGAACGUCUUGGUUGAUUUGGGUCUAGAUACCAAGGUCACCAUCUUGGGUCACGUUCAAAGAGGUGGUACAGCUGUCGCUCACGACAGAUGGUUAGCUACUUUGCAAGGUGUUGACUCCGUCAAGGCCGUUCUUGAAAUGACUCCAAGCACUCCAUCCCCAUUGAUUGGUAUCUUGGAAAACAAGAUCAUCAGAAAGCCUUUGGUCGAGUCUGUUGAAGCAACUAAAUCUGUGGCUACUGCCAUUGCUAACAAGGAUUUCGAUGCUGCAAUCUCUAAGAGAGACACCGAAUUCAUUGAACUAUAUGAGAACUUCUUGUCUACUACAGUCAAGGAUGAUGGUGCUGAAUUGUUGCCAGAAGACCAAAGAUUGAACAUUGGUAUUGUUCACGUUGGUGCUCCAUCUGCUGCUUUGAACGCCGCUACUCGUGCAGCUACUUUGUACUGUAUCUCUCAUGGUCACAAGCCUUUUGCUAUCUUGAAUGGUUUCAGUGGUUUGAUUCAAACCGGUCAAAUGAAGGAAUUGUCCUGGAUUGAUGUUGAGAACUGGCACAACCUGGGUGGUUCUGAAAUCGGUACUAACAGAUCUGUGGCUGCUGAUGAUAUGGGUACCGUUGCAUACUAUUUCCAAAAAGCCAAAUUGGAUGGUUUGAUUAUCAUCGGUGGUUUCGAAGGUUUCAACUCUUUGAAACAACUACGUGAUAGCAGAAGCGAAUACCCAAUCUUCAACAUCCCAAUGGUGUUGAUCCCAUCCACUAUCUCUAACAAUGUCCCAGGUACUGAAUACUCUCUUGGUGUCGACACCUGUUUGAACGCCUUGGUCAGGUACACAGACGAAAUUAAGCAAAGUGCUUCCGCCACAAGAAGAAGAGUCUUCGUCGUGGAAGUUCAAGGUGGUCACUCUGGUUUCAUUGCCUCCUUCACUGGUCUAAUCACUGGUGCAGUCUCGGUAUACACUCCAGAGGACAAGAUCACUUUGUCUACUAUCAGAGAAGACUUGGCUUUGCUAAAGGAGAACUUCCGUCACGACAAGGGUGAGAACCGUAACGGUAAGCUUGUGAUCAGAAAUGAACAAGCUUCUAGCGUUUACAGCACAGAAUUGUUGGCCAACAUUAUUUCUGAAUCGAGCAAGGACAGAUUUGGUGUUAGAACCGCUAUUCCAGGCCACGUCCAACAAGGUGGAUUCCCAAGCUCUAAGGACCGUGUUGUCGCUUCUAGAUUCGCUGUCAAGUGUGUUAAGUUCAUUGAACAAUGGAACAAGAAGAACAACAUCCAACAGGACAAGGGCGCUGGUGAUGAAAAAGUGCUAAGAUUCAAGUUCGACAUACACGGUAACAAGGUCUCUACCGUUGAGCAUGAAGAUGAUUCUGCUGCUGUUAUCUGUGUCAACGGUACUAACGUUUCUUUCAAGCCAAUUGCUGACUUGUGGGAACACGAGACUAACGUUGCACUAAGAAAGGGUGAAGAAAUUCACUGGUCAGAGUUUAGCAGAAUCGGUGACAUCUUAUCCGGUAGAUUAAAGCUAAGAGCCGAAGUGGAAGCCGCAUCCAAAUAA